AUGGCUUGCAGUGUAUCACAGACUUCUAGGAUUGACCCGAUCGUGGACCCAGGAGCAGUGUCUGGACAUGCACACAAGUUCGCAGGAGGCAACAACGUGAAUCAAAAUUCGGAUUUCAAUUCCCUGCUAUCUUCGACAUGCUCAAGUUGCGAAGUACAAAGCGACAAAUCCGCUUACUGGACACCACAGCUAUACUAUGCCCAUACGAACGGCAAAUUCGAAGAAGUGCCGAACUACGGCAUGACAGUUUACUACGUCGGUCGAGGCGGAACUCCCGAUAACACGAAGCCCUUCCCACCCGGGUUCAAGAUGAUAUCGGGAGAUUCUGAAGCACGAUCAUACGACAGUUCAACCUUGACAUAUCUCAAUACUCGGCCAGUGGCCGAUAGGGUGAGUUUCCGCUGCAUUAAUGAAGCUAACGAUAUACCAGAACAACACUACAUGUUUCGAACCGAUUGUGUCAAUGGAAUGAGAGCUCAGAUUAACUUCCAGUCUUGCUGGGAUGGUGUCAACCUAUACCUCCCCCAAUCGGCCCACGUCGCAUAUGUAUCCGGCAUCGACUACGGCUCUUGUCCUCCUUCACAUCCUGUACCCAUUCCUGGGCUGUUCUUCGAAGUUCUUUACUUUACAAAUCAGAUUGAUCAAUCUGGGGGUGGAGAAUUUGUUUUCGCCAACGGUGAUGCCACAGGCUACGGGUUUCAUGCCGAUUUCAUCAAUGGGUGGGAAAUGGACAUUCAAGACGACGCUGUGAAGAACUGUCUCUACACUGAUGAUGGUGGUGUCAUCAGCGCUUGCCCAUACCUUGCACCUAGCCAGGAUGUCAACUUCGCACGAACCUGCCCACAACAGCCAUCAGUCUUCAACGAGCAAGUCCUAGGUACACUUGAUGCUUUGCCAGGUUGUAAUCCUAUCACUCAUGGCCCUGUAAGGGCUGAACAAGAGACAUGCCCAAUCGGCCAACAUACACCCGGUGGAGCUUCGGCUAGCAGCCAAACCUCCGCGACGCUGGGACCAACCACAGCUGAAUCGACCUCGCCCGCAAGCUCAUCGUCACAAUCCGGUGGCUUGUCGACUCUCGUUAGCAGCUCAUCGAUACUCCCCACGUUGCCAACAUCAUCUGCAUUCAUGUCAACCUCUGUCACUGUGUCUGCGCCAACCGUCUCCACGGUCACCCAAACCAAUAGCAUCCCAGACACCUCAAGCCUUCUCUCCCCAUCGCAAGACCCAUCAUUCAGUGUGCCGGGAACAUUUAGUUCAGCACCAUUCACAAAUUUCACCACCCUGCCGUCGUCCGCAUUCAGUUCGGGGGCUGAUUCAAAUUCAGCUAUAAACACCGCAUCGACCACGAAUGUUAUAGACGGCGGAUCAAGCAGUGCACCUGCCACUAUGACUAUGUCUAGCGCUCUCGGGGGAAAUACCGACGCACCAGCACCUACUAUCACCUUCACAGGUGGCAAUCAUGGAGGCAUCCGUCCCACUUUCUCUGCACCAGGCUUUUUCACGGCACCAGGGGAAGCGACCGUUGUGACAGUAGUCAUGAGUUACACAACCAUCACAAUUACUAUACCGUUCGGCAGGGCGGGAGGUUUCUUCGCCGCGACAACAACUCCUUCCCCCGUCGUUCAAACUGCUGUACCUGCAAUUGAUUCUGUACCAGUCAAUAUGACGGUGUCAGCUGCAGAUGGGUUCCUUACCAUCACUGGAGCCACUACGACUACCUUCUCUCCCGGAGAGACAACGAAUCUGGCAGCUGAAGAGACAUCUACAACAACUAUAUACACAACCAUUACUAUUUAUGAAACUGUCACCCCCACAAGUACUACCACCAUUGGGUUGGCCACAAGCUCUGAAAGUGCACCGACAGCGGCAGCGACAGUCAACUCAGAAGCCGCCGCACUCACCACUUCCACUUCGAGCUUCAUCUCAUCAACGAUUUCUAUCGACAAUGCACUUGGUUGCUCGCUCUACUCAGAGUACUCGCUUCAAGGAUGCGCUACGUCGGCAACUGCGACAGGGGCAGUAGCCACCGCUUUUGUGACAGUGACUUCCCCACUCACGGAGGAGAUCACAUCGACAACACUUACAACACUGGUAUUGUCGACAGCGGCCAGCAACACUACAUUCUUCACCAUUCGAGGACGAGCCGUCACCUUGAUUGGGUCAUAA